AUGGGAGGCGGUGUGAGCAAAGAUGAGAAAGAGGCACCGGAGGGGAAGAAUGAUUCGUCUUCAACUUCUGCUUCGAGUGAAAGUUCUCCAGGCUUUUCAAACGUUGAAGGCAAAGAAGGUGGAGGAGCUGAAGAAGGGGAUGAUGACGAAGAGGAUGGGGAUGAAAGUGGUGAAGACGGAAAAGAUGACGAUGGAGAUGAUGAGGACGAGGACGAAGAUGAGGAGGGAAAGGAUGAUGGAGGAAAGAGUGGCGAGGGAGACCAGGACAGUAAAGAAAAUGGUAAAGAGGGAAGCGCUCGUGAUCUCUCAAUGUCCAAAAAGGUUUCUCAAGCACCACCACCACCAUCCAAACAAGAAUCGGUCGAUUCUAAUUUAAUUUGUCCCUUUCCCGGUGAAGACCCUAACAAAAAGAAAAGGAUUAUUCAAAGAAAUCCCACCAAUGUGUCGUCAAAGACGUCUUUGUCAUCGAAGAAAGGAAAGGUAUCGAAAACGGUGGCUUCCCCGGCCUCGAUGAGCAAGAAAACCAUCAGAACUAAGCCAAAGGUGAUCAAGAAGAAGGCAUCUAAGAAGAAGAAAAAACAUAGUAAGGCUUCUAAAAAGGGUUCAAAGAAGAAGGGCAAAAAGAAGAAGAAAAAGACAAAAAAGAAAGGCUCAAAGA